AUGGGAGCCGGCGGCGUCGUUAUCCGCUUUUUCAAUUUAGCAAUUCGAGUGCUCCAAUUUCUCGAUGCCGCAGUCAUCCUGGGGAUCUUCUCAUACUUCCUGGCUGUCCAGAGCCAACAUAACCAGCCCAUUCCAACAUGGAUGAAGGCCGUUGAGGGACUUUCCGGCGCAGCAACUUUGUACGGACUACUCGGAUCUCUCUUCACCUGCUGCGUGGGAGGGCUUGCCUUCUUCGCCUUCCUGGCCAUCGUGCUUGAUGUGUGCUUCAUCGGAGCGAUGAUUGCCAUCGCCGUGAUGACCCGUGACGGAACCCAGUCCUGCUCCGGGAACGUCAAUACUCCCGUGGGCUCCGGCGCUGAUAAUGUCGACAGCGCAUCUGGCGUCCGGCUGGGCUACGCAUGCAUGCUCGAAAAGGUCACUUUUGCAGUCUCGAUUAUCGGAAUUUUCCUCUUUUUGAUCUCAAUUCUCUUCCAAUUCCUCUACGCCCGCCACCACAAGCGCGAAAAGCGUUUCGGCCCUUCCCCGGCAAACGGGUACACCUACGGCACCGGCACCCAACGCCGUGGCUUCUGGCGCCGCAACAAGCGUACCCCGGAAACUGCCAGCGCAGACGACAUGCUUCCUGGACACCCUACCCCUCGCGACGUGGAAAUGGGCGAUAGCGCCGAGAAACCCAGCGUCUUCGGUGGUCGCUUCUUCUCGCGCAACAACAAUGCUGCGGCUAAUGGCUAUGGUGGCUCUGCCUAUACCGGCAACUAUUGA